AGUACUAGUGCCAAACACAUCUUUCAAAUGUGUUACAAAAGAGUCAAGAGAUCGAAUUACUGGACAUUUACCGAACAGAAAUUCUGCCCAUUGACGAGCCUUUCCUGACAGCAGAGAGAUGAUGAACAAUCUCCGGAGAACUGGUGGGGAACAUUUCAAAAUACAAUUGGCAUUGUAACAGGAAGCCAUUACACUCUGACACUUCACCUGAAUACACUGCCAGUUUGGCCAUGGGACAGGCAGAGGCAGAUGUAGUGACUGAUGGUUGAAGUGCUGCAAAAAGUAAAGUGACAAGUUCGAUGAAAGGAUCCAGUGUGGUUGGAUUUCUGGCCUCCAUCUUGUACCUGGUCUUUUUUGUAGGGCUGGUCUUCUGUCACAUUUCACCAAGGAUAAAGGAAGAUGCAGGAGGCAAGAACACAGUCCAAUAUAUCAAGGAAGAUGAAGGAGGAAGGAACAGCACAGUACCCAAUCUAAAGUGGAAACUUACAGCAGAACGGAAACAUCUUCAGUAUGCAAUUUCCCGUUCUUCUCUUCAUCUCAUCUGUUUCAGCAGUAGUUGGCAUGGUGAGUGUAUUAGUUACCAAACCUGUGAUUUCCUACUGCCACCAGGCCAUCACUCUGCACUGCAAUGUUUCUCUAUCUGACGGAAAGGACCGUGAAUUCCAGGUUACUCAUCUGAGCUGGAUUAAAAAAUCUAAUAAGACAAUAUGCUCAGAAAGCAAGGCAGCAAUGAACGGUUCCAUCCACUGUCAAUACACGCCAAACAAACAGCUGGUACUAACUAUUGCCCACCCAAAAUCAGAUGACACUGGACGCUAUAUCUGCAAACUCCGAUCCUCCCAUGGACAUACAAGUGCUGAUACAAAUGUGACAUUGGAGUGUCCUCAGAAAAUUGUCCAGAUAAAUGAAGAAGGAAAAAACAGGGUGACUUGCAAAGUUGAGAGGUCAAACCAUGGUGGGCGUAUCCACUGGUUUCAUGGAACAGUCAAUCUAACAAGCCAAUCCACCCAGGACAUUUAUCCUGCUGUUAAUGGAUCUUAUACAGUUGUUAGUUCUCUCAAUGGCAGUUCAAACUGGAAAACAUAUAACUGUUCUUACUGGGUACCUCAAAUUGAAGGAUAUAUAACAAGCAAGAACAUUGUUAUGGAAUAUAACACACCAUCUAAGACAAAGAAUUUCAGCAGUGACAGUUGCACUGGUCUGAUCUUCUGUUUGUGUCUCCUUUGGAUUCUCAUUCAACAAUAAAAGAAGCAAUGGUAGCAAUAAUUCCAAAAAGCUGAUUUUGAACUUUUAAUUUUUA